AUGGUGAGCGUAAAUGUGGCGCUGUGCAGCGGGCAGUUUGCCAUGAGUGUUCUUCAAACAUUUUUCAUGUUUUAUUAUGUGAAAGUGUAUUUGAACAUAUUCAAAAUCGAUGAGUUCUGGUUUGCCAUCACCCAGGGCCUGUUUAUUGUGUGGAAUGCGCUCAACGAUCCAAUUUUCGGUUACGCACAGGAUACCAGCAGUACUUGGUUCCAUUGUCGCACAAAAGUAAUAUCAUUCUUUGGUCCAUUCCUUGCCGCAUCAUUCUUACUUUUGUGGUUUCCAUGGGGAAGCGCCAAUCAGUCAUUUUCUUACAUUAUUGGAUUACAGUUACUAAUUGGUCUUUUUAUGUAUGAUGCAUUUUACAGUUGUAUAAAUGUUGCCUGGAGUGCUCUGUUUGCGGAGGCGACGUUCAGUCGUUUUGAGCGUAUUUCGGCCGUGAAAUAUUCCCAGUUUGCAGUACUUUUGUCUGUCAACAUCGUGCCACUCACUGAGAAAAUAACCGGUGGACUAAAUGACUUCUUCGCCUUUCAGUGCAUUAGUAUUGCCGUUGCUGUAUUGGCUGUUGUUUGCUUCAAAGUUACUGGCUCACUGAAACAUCAAAAGAAGGGGACAAAGCAUGAUGAUUUUUUUUCUCUGGUAGUGCCAUCACGGGGCAAAUUCCAGCAGAAUGGGACAAAGCAUGAUGAUUUUUUUUCUCUGGUAGUGCCGUCACGAGGGAAAUUCCAGCAGAAUGUUUUGUAUGCGCUAAAAUUAAUGAAGCAGGUUUUAACAAGGCGUGAUUUUCGAAUCAUUGCCGGAACAUACUUCCUUCAUGCUUGCAGCCAGACAAUUAAGAUUCACAAGGGAGCCCUUAGUGGAACAGUAAACUUGAUCAUUCUCCCAGAUAUUGUGGUCAACCUUUCCUUGUUAACACGGUUCAAAAGAAAUGAUUUCAGAUCUACCGCUCAUUUAAACUUUGCUGCCAUAACAAUUAAGCUGCUUAUCCCUGAACAGGUUAUGAUGAAAGGGUCGUGGCGGAUGAGCUUAUUCUAUGCUGCUUGUACUCUCCUCCCUCAAGUUUGUCAUAACUUUGAUUAUUACGAUUCAAAUUUUUCCUCCGAUUUUUUACAUUAAAA